CUUGUCUCUUUUACCAAUGUGUAGCUGUAUACUAUAUCAUCCUCCUCUUUAGAGAAACGUGGUAGACGAUUUAAAAAUGGCCAACCAAGCUUCCGCCAAGGCUCAAGCCGCCAAAAAAGCCGCUCUCAAAGGUGUUCACGGUAAGAAUGUGCGCAAGAUCCGCACUUCCACCCACUUCCACAUCCCCAAGACUUUGGUCUUGAAGCGUACCCCCAAGUAUGCUCGUAAGUCUGUUGCCCACGCUCCCCGCAUGGACCAAUACCGUGUCAUCCGUCAACCUCUCAACACCGAGACUGCCAUGAAGAAGAUUGAAGAACACAACACUUUGACCUUCCUCGUUGAUGUCAAGGCUAACAAGAACCAAAUCAAGGAUGCUGUCAAGCGUCUCUAUGAUGUUGAAGCUGCUCAAGUUAACACACUCAUCAGACCUGAUGGUUACAAGAAGGCCUUUGUUCGUUUGACUGCUGAUGUUGAUGCUUUGGACGUUGCCAACAAGAUCGGUUUCAUCUAAACGGCUUAUUUCUCUUUAUUUUUUUUCUUAAAGAUUAAAGUUGUGUGUUUAAACCACUUUUAAAAAAAA